CGCCAUUUUUACUGUGGGCAGGCUGACAGAUAUACACACACCGCUUUAUCUAGGUGAUUUAAAGACUUCUGCAACUUCACUCAGCUGAUUUUUGCGAACAGUAUAAAUCCGAAACGAUGUCUUAUCGGAUGUGUGGGUGGAUUUUCGGGAGCUACUCCUAUUUUGGAAUGAGAGGCCUGACCAACCACCAUCUGUCCUGCUGUGUCAACACGUUGCUGCAGACACUCUCUGCUACCUGGGAAAUGGCAGAGCUACUGGAAAAGUGGGACACGGCGGGUCGGAGAGCUGCCAGUGAUAAUGUCCCUCUGCAGCUGAAGAGAGUCCUGGCGGCCAUGAGGGGAGACUCCCCUCAGCCCGCUCCACACCGUGACUUCCUCCACUGUCUGCACGCAAACAACAUCCGGCUGAAUAAGCAGCACGAUGCAGACGAGGUGUUCCUCUUCAUCCUGAACUCCAUCCAGAAGCAGAUGGACGACGCGGUUCUGGCUCUGGAAAUCCAGGACCUGUACAGGAUUCCGGUGGAGAAUGUGCUGCGGUGUUUGGAGUGCUCCUCCGUCCAGACUCGAACCAGCUACCUGCUCAGCCUGCCGCUGCACAUCAAGGACGACCACAAGUCUCUGGAAGAUUGCCUGAAAUCCUUCUUUGAGCAUCAGGAGCUGAAGGGCCAAAACUGUUGCUUCUGUGCACAGUGUGAAAGAAAGACUCCCUCCAAACAGGGCCUGCAGCUGCUCUCGCUGCCUCGCGUCUUGUGCGUCCACCUGAAGCGAUUUCGGAACACGCGAGGCGACCUGCACAAACUCAACUGCAAGCUGACUUUUCCUGAAACCUUUGACUUCUCAGAGGCUGUGAGCGACGCCCUGGCCGCUACCUUCACCCAGGACGAGCGCAGCUACGUUUUGUACGCAGUGGUCGUGCACUCUGGAGCCACAUCAUGUGGCCACUACACGGCGUACGUCCGUCACAGUGGGGACAACAGCUGGUAUUAUGCGGACGACAGUCACGUACAAAAGGCCUCAUGGGAGGAGGUGCAGACAACAUAUGGAGGGAAAAACAGUAACACAGCUUACAUGUUGAUGUACAGAAGACUCUCAGAGCAGGUCGAACAUCCGGAGGUUUCUGGCUGAGCGGGUGGAUGCGAAGCCAUCAGGAGACGGAAUUCAACAUAGGAA